CCUUCCCGCCCGCUCCGCGUCGUUGAUGUUGUGUUACAACUGUUGUUCAUUAAGUGGAGAGCAAAGUUGAUUCGAUUGUUUUGUUUUGAGAUUUUUAGGUAACUGUAUAUAAAUCUGCCAGAUGUUGCCUUCUAUGCCAAUUUUAUUUACAAGGGAUAGCCAAGAUGCAUUUGGAAAUAAAAUAGAACCGAGUAAAAGUUUUUUAAAUAAAAAUGUAAAACCCGUCGUUCAAUUAGAGGCUCAUUUUUCGAAAACAGAACCAAAACAACAAAAUGAUGCGCAUAAUGAUACAAAAAAUAAGGCGAGUGUUAAAAAGAAAGAAGAGCAAACGAAAACUAAAAGUGAUGACAAGCCUUUGGAAGCAGCAUUAGUAAAGGCAUAUUAUACAAAGGUCCAAUCCAGAUUUGCUUCUAAUUCAUCGGUUCCAACAAACAAGUUUGUACAGUUUAGAGACAUUUUAAAAACUUUUGACCCGUCAAAGGAGACACCAGAGGAUCUGUAUAGAAAGAUUGAAUUACUAUUUGGAAAUGAGCAUAAAGACAUAUUUGAGGAAUUUCUACUGUUUUUAAAACCCGGACAAGCUUUAAAAGUUGGCAGAUUCAUGGAUCACUUUAUGAUUACUCAGAUAACCAGAUUUAUAGAGUUAUUGCAGACAACAUUCAGUCGUAAACCAACAGUCCUAAGGAAAAUAAUACGAGCGAUCACAACCAGUAUCAACAGCGGCAACAGUUCGGAGUUGAAGUCGAGGGUACUGCCUCAUCUCAGAUCCAACCCUCGCCUUACACAGAUGUUCAAGAGUCUUUUCCCUGAUGAGCGGCCGCCAGACAGCGUUUACGAAACUGGCACAGACCUUAUACAUGAGAGUUUCCUAACUUCGGAUAAAGGCUACGAUGUAUGGGAAAUUGAAGACAAGGAUAACAAAAGAAAACCAGACGCGAAAGUUCUAGAUUCUGAGUACUUACACGGUCGAGUUUUUCUUCAACAUGGAAGGUUUUUACGCACAGCAUGUGUUACAUAUCCUUAUAGUAAAGAACCCUAUAGAGUCCACGCAAGACGACUCGCGCCUGACCAUUGUUUAUCGCCACCUGAAUCUGACUCUGAAAGAGCUUCGCCAAAAAGAAACGCCAAAACAGUCUGCAAAAUACCACAGAAAAGGCCAAGAAAACAACUGAAAUCACCAACUAAAAAUGUCAAGGAUGUCAACGAUAACACGAAAAAUGCAAUUACAAACUCAUUAAACACUAAAAUGAAAGGAAAGUCGCAUUCAAAAAGUAAAAAUUGCAAAAAAGAUGAUGUGGCGGGAAAGAAAAAAGAACGGCACGAUACUAAAACACCUUGUCCGAAAAAAGACGAGGGGCCUAAAAUAAAACAAGCUAAAAUAGAUGUCCCAAAAGUACAAAGCAGAAAUUGGACCCGUGACGAAGAUAAAACAAUGUUGGAAGUGUUGAAAGGGGAACCGGGGUCUGAGCAAGUUUUUUGCCGAAUACGAGAGUUACUGCCUCAUCGUACCACUAUAGAAAUUAAAGAAAGAUUCUGCCAUGUUAUGAACCUGUUACAAAAAAUGGCAGUCGGUGAAGUGACAUAGUCUUAGUGGACAUGAAUUUAUUAGAGCUAAGUAAAAGUGGUAUUUAUAAUUUUAUAUUUAAAUAAACGUUAUUUUCACA